UCAGUACACGUCAAAAAUUACAGUAUGGCAGGUUUAUAAGAAAUUGUAAAGUCAACUCCCUUUUCUAUACCGAAAAAGUUGCAAUUGUAUUUGUUCUAAAGAUGGGCGACGGUAAUACGAAUAAAUCUGGAGCUUCCCAGGUGGAACCUACCAUGAAAGGAUGGCUGUUUAAAUGGACAAAUUAUCUGAAAGGAUAUCAAAGACGAUGGUUUGUCCUGCAAAAUGGACAUUUAUCCUACUACAGGGCCGAAAACCAUGGGAUCGCCCCCACAUUGUCCAUCAGAAGAAGAAGGAAGUUUAAGGGAGGAUUGUGUCGCAAGCGAAACCAAGCAGAAAUUGCCCACACGUGCAGAGGUAGCAUCUCACUACAUGGAGCUCUGAUCUACACUGUAGACCCCUGUACAUUCGUUAUAUCCAACGGAGGUACUCAAAGUUUCCAUAUAAAAGCUUCCUCAGAAGUGGAGAGACAAUCAUGGGUUACAGCGCUGGAACUAGCCAAAGCUAAAGCUAUACGGAAUAUGGAGUCAGAAGACGAUGAUGUGGAGGCAGAAGAGUCAGCAAUGUCCGAGGAUCCUGACAUAAUGAGGAAAUUAGAGAGUCAAUUAAAUGAAUUGCAGAUCUGUGAAGACCUUGUAGAAAAACACUGGAAGAAUUUGGCCAAGCCUUUAGCAGAAAUUGAAUCAACGUCAGAUUGUGAGUUGCUGGCCGGCAAAUUGAAAGAAAUCAGUGAGAAGGCCACGCUGUUCAGAAUCUCCAGCAAUGCAAUGCUUAAUUCUUGCAAUAACUAUUUCAAAAUUGCCCAAACUCACGGUCCCAAACUCGUGAAGCUCUUGCAGCACGAAAGGGAGCAAAGGCAGCGGUUGCAGGAAAUGGUGGAAACUCUGGCAGAGCAGCAUUCGAAAUUGGAGCGAGCGGCAAACGCGCACGCGCAUAGGGCUGUUAGUGCAAGUGAAAAUGAAGAAGAGGACGAAAACGAAUUCUUCGAUGCUGUAGCGGACGGCGGGGGACAAAAUUCCGAUGCAAAUGAUCAUUUUACUCUCGAUAUAAGAACCAGGACAGGCGUGAGAAGGAACAGCUCGGAUAGUUCAAGUGAAGCCGAAGAGACCCAAGAAACUAAACAGUUUGUUGUAGUUACAGGUGGUAAACAUCCUACUAAUGUAGUAAAUAGUGAUGCAAAUAAAACUGAUACAACAGUGGCUUCUAAUGAAGUUACCAAAGAUCUGUCAAAAAUACCUAUGCCUGUCAAUUUCAACGAACCUUUGAGUAUGUUGCAGAGAUUGACAGAGGAUUACGAAUAUGCUAGUAUACUAGAUCAAGCUGCAAAAAACCAAGCAGAAAUUGCCCACACGUGCAGAGGUAGCAUUUCACUACAUGGAGCUCUGAUCUACACUGUAGACCCCUGUACAUUCGUUAUAUCCAACGGAGGUACUCAAAGUUUCCAUAUAAAAGCUUCCUCAGAAGUGGAGAGACAAUCAUGGGUUACAGCGCUGGAACUAGCCAAAGCUAAAGCUAUACGGAAUAUGGAGUCAGAAGACGAUGAUGUGGAGGCAGAAGAGUCAGCAAUGUCCGAGGAUCCUGACAUAAUGAGGAAAUUAGAGAGUCAAUUAAAUGAAUUGCAGUAUUUAGACGUCAAAAUUUUUAGUUUUUUUGCCCGGUUAUUUUCCAAAUUAAAACUAAUAAUAGUUUUCUUUAAAUCUACAGUUAGUGCAAGUGAAAAUGAAGAAGAGGACGAAAACGAAUUCUUCGAUGCUGUAGCGGACGGCGGGGGACAAAAUUCCGAUGCAAAUGAUCAUUUUACUCUCGAUAUAAGAACCAGGACAGGCGUGAGAAGGAACAGCUCGGAUAGUUCAAGUGAAGCCGAAGAGACCCAAGAAACUAAACAGGUUGUUGUAGUUACAGGUGGUAAACAUCCUACUAAUGUAGUAAAUAGUGAUGCAAAUAAAACUGAUACAACAGUGGCUUCUAAUGAAGUUACCAAAGCCAGUAGGCGAAAAAGAAGAACCAGGGUUCCUGAUAAACCCAAUUACCCCUUAAACCUGUGGUCAAUUAUGAAAAAUUGUAUUGGAAAAGAUCUGUCAAAAAUACCUAUGCCUGUCAAUUUCAACGAACCUUUGAGUAUGUUGCAGAGAUUGACAGAGGAUUACGAAUAUGCUAGUAUACUAGAUCAAGCUGCAAAAUGUUCCGAUCCUUGUGAGCAACUGGCUUACGUAGCGGCUUUUACUAUAUCUUCCUAUUCAACUACGGCUAGCAGGACAGGCAAACCAUUUAACCCUUUGUUAGGAGAAACGUAUGAGUGUGAUAGGACGGAUGAUCUAGGUUGGAAAUGUUUUAAUGAACAAGUAUCGCAUCACCCACCAAUCGUAGCCCAGUAUUGUGAAGGCGAAGAGUGGCAUUGUUGGCAGGAAUUUACCAUGACCUCCAAAUUCAGAGGAAAAUAUUUACAAAUUAUCCCUCUAGGUAAUGCCCAGGUAGAAUUUUUGAAAAGCGGUAACAAAUAUUCGUGGAGAAAGGUUACCACGACGGUUCACAAUAUUAUCGUUGGAAAACUUUGGGUGGAUCAACACGGUGAUAUGGAAAUUAUUGGAAAAGGUGCAUCGGCAGGAAUCAAUUGUCAGUUGAAAUAUAUCCCAUACUCGUAUUUCACUAGGGAUUCCCAGAGAAGAGUGAAAGGUGUGGUAAUGGAUAACGGAAAUGUAAAAUGGGUUAUUAAUGGUACAUGGGAUGAUCAAGUUGAAAUAGCUCCAGUGACAGGAAAUACAGGCAGCGCCAAUAAUCCAGUCUACCAAACCGGAACGCCGAUAACCGCAUGGCAGAGAAGACCUCCGCCUCCAGAUUCGGAUAAAAUGUAUAAUUUUACAUUGCUAGCUGCCCAGUUGAACGAACCAGAGGAUCGUGUAGCUCCCACAGAUUCCAGACUACGUCCAGAUCAAAGAUUAAUGGAAAAUGGAAUAUGGGAUGAAGCAAAUAAGGAAAAACUACGAAUUGAAGAAAAACAGAGAGCUGUCAGAAGAAAAAGGGAAUCAGACGCGGAAAUUGCAGCUGCUGAAGGGCGGCCAUAUACACCAUAUAAACCGCUGUGGUUUGAACAGAAAACCGAGGCAGGAAGUGACGUCAUUACACACAUUUACAAGGGCAACUAUUGGAAAUGUAAAGAGGAGCAAAACUGGUCAGAGUGUCCCGACAUAUUCUAGAGUUUUUUUUGUAUAUACUAUAUAUUUAAACAUAUGUAUUUUCUAGAUGAAAACAAAACACAUAAUAAUUAUAUAUAAUUGUUUUACAAGGGAUUAAUACAUUUAUUGGUGACUACCUGUUAGGGCAACGUUGCCAUUUUAAAUUCCUCAAAUAUGCGCUAUAUGAAAACUAAGCAUAACUAUGAUUAAGCAUAACGCAUAUUAGAGCAUAUUUUCAAUCUCGAUGCUUCUUUAACUGGCCAUAUAUAAUAUGUUUUUUUAUUGUUGUUGAAGCAUGUUAACUAGACACAGAUUGAAUAAAAUUCAAAAGCAGUAGCGUAUCAAAAGUAUGGGUUGUCUAAAUUUAUCGUUUUACAGUUAUACAGUUUUACGUUUUGACAGUUAUUAAGUUUCAAUCAUGUACAAUCUUGUUAAUAUAUGGAAAAAAUUGUAUAUUGGAUAUAAAAGUGUGUGUUUUUUUCCACAUAAUCUAGUCUUCAACAGUUGAUUGUUACUUACAACGUGGGUACGGAAAUGCACGGUUUUAGAGAUACAGGAUGUUAAUAAAACUUAAAAAGGUA